AUGAUUCCAGUUCUACAGCCAACCUUAAUUGAACAAGACUCUGAUCUCCGAGGAAACGAAAUAGUCGAAAUGAACACCAAGUGCGGGGAAAAAGAACCCGACGAUCGCGUCUUCAGCCACGCGCGCAACCCCUCCCCCGAAAACGAGACCUGGAUCCAGAAGAACGAAAAAGCGAAGGUGGUCGAUGGGUGGCGACAGACACACUAUACAGCCUACGCCGUCCGCGACGCGACUCACGUCUACAAGCUCUCGCGGGGCUCGCCGCGUAGUACUGCGUACCAAGCCCUCACGGAUCGCCAACAGCGCAUUGACUUCCUCAAGCAGCACGGUGUCGCUAAACCCCGCUAA